AAUAGAAGGUGCUAAAAUUGGAUCACAUCGAAUAGUUCAUUUUUCUCAACCAUAGCUGCAGUGUGUUGAUGACACGGUAGGUGAUCAUGCAGUUCUAGACAGAAGCAUGCGUGAGCAAGUAUGAGUUGUUAUUGAAGGUAUGGCGAUUGGCAUGCAAACAUGACUGGGUUCAAGUGAUUCAGCUGAGGAUAUCAUCUGGACUAGACUGCUUUAGGGCUAGUCGGGGCAAGUUGAUCAGUGGCGGUUGAACACGUGCCAGUGGGGUUCUGGAGUCAUUAGGAGGAAUGAUUAAUACGAAGCAGCGAUGUUUGGGACUAGUUUAUUUGUUGUUGCUGGGGCAUUGAUUGCUGUUGAUUCCUUUAGUUUUCUUUUUCUUUUACUUUUGGGUUCGGUCUUUGCUUUGCUGUCACUGCGGAGUAGUUUCGGCAGUACUAAGAUGGAUAUCUUCCUAGUUGCAAACAUUCGGAGGAAUUCCCACUAUUCAUACUAUCUAAUGAUCCUUCUAGGAACCUGGCACCGUUACUAGUGGACCACUAGUAUGUAUCUCACCUCUCUUAGAUGACUGAGGGAAGAGGGGGGGAAGAGAAAGUAAGAUGCAGUUUCAUGCAUCCCAACCCCCAGAAACAGGAAAUGGACCAGAAAUCCCCUCCUAAACCUCAAGGCCAGCAGUAAGGGGUGGUUGGGCAACGAAUCAUGGGGCACGGAGGGAGCCAACCGGAGCCAUCAUGCAUGUAUGCAGUGCCAACGCAUCACUGACGGUUUACUAAACUCUUCCUCCUUAGGUACUUAGUUUGUACUCGUCCCCGACUAGUUCC